GGGAGGGCCGAGGCGGCCAUUUUGUUCGCCGAUGCCGCUGCCGCCGCCGCCGUCGCCGUCGCCGGGGAUGCUGCUGGGCUGCUGAGGCGGGUGCGCGAUCGGCGCUGAGGGGAGAGAAAGAGAGAGAGAGAGAAGAAAGAGGGGGGCGAGAGGAGCGCGGUGGUAGGCGGAGGCGAAGGAGGCAAGCGCCGGCUCGGGAGCCGGGGGCGGCCCGCGGUGAAGGAGGAGGUGGAGGUUGAAGUCGACCCGGCGGGCUCCGGCUUGGCUCCUUCCCCAGCCGCGGAGAGGCGAUGGCGGAUAUUGACAAGCUCAACAUCGACAGCAUCAUCCAACGGCUGCUGGAGGUGAGAGGAUCCAAACCUGGUAAAAAUGUCCAGCUUCAAGAGAAUGAAAUCAGAGGUUUGUGCUUGAAAUCUCGCGAGAUCUUCCUCAGUCAACCAAUUCUGUUAGAACUUGAAGCACCGCUUAAAAUAUGUGGUGAUAUCCACGGACAAUACUACGACCUCCUGCGGCUAUUUGAAUACGGUGGUUUUCCACCGGAGAGCAACUAUCUGUUUCUUGGGGACUACGUUGACCGAGGGAAGCAGUCCUUAGAGACAAUUUGCCUCUUGCUGGCCUACAAGAUAAAAUAUCCAGAGAACUUUUUCCUCCUUAGAGGCAACCAUGAAUGUGCUAGCAUUAAUAGAAUUUAUGGCUUCUAUGAUGAAUGUAAAAGAAGAUACAACAUCAAGCUGUGGAAAACCUUCACGGAUUGCUUCAACUGCUUACCCAUAGCAGCCAUUGUGGACGAGAAAAUAUUUUGCUGCCACGGAGGCUUAUCACCAGAUCUCCAGUCCAUGGAACAAAUCCGGCGAAUUAUGCGGCCCACAGACGUGCCAGACCAAGGCCUCCUUUGUGACUUGCUGUGGUCUGAUCCCGACAAGGAUGUGCUUGGAUGGGGCGAAAACGACCGAGGGGUCUCCUUCACAUUUGGAGCCGAAGUGGUGGCAAAGUUCCUUCAUAAACACGAUUUGGACCUCAUAUGCAGAGCUCAUCAGGUAGUUGAAGAUGGAUACGAAUUCUUUGCAAAAAGGCAGCUGGUAACUCUGUUUUCUGCCCCCAAUUACUGUGGGGAGUUUGACAAUGCAGGUGCUAUGAUGAGUGUGGAUGAGACUCUAAUGUGCUCCUUUCAGAUCUUGAAGCCUGCGGAGAAGAAGAAGCCCAACGCCAGCCGGCCCGUAACGCCACCCAGGGGUAUGAUCACAAAACAAGCCAAGAAAUAGGCCCCCCUUGGGCCCUCCCGGUUGGGACUUGUACCAUAGUAUAUAAUCUUCUUUUUUUUAAAAAAAAAAACGAAAAGCAAACAAAACGAACCGGUAAAUGUGUAUCCAUCCGCUUGCUAAGACUAGACUUAAAUGUGUUGUGGUUUUCCUUUCCGAUUCAUUUUGACGGAUGGCAUUUGCUGGAUGUAGCAGCAAAUGGGACUUUUCUCCCUUCUCAAGAAGAGGUUUU